AUCAAAAUAAUGAAAGGAAUGAGGUGAGACAGUUAUAUAGAUUAGUGGCAGUUCAAAAAAAUCUCAAACAUUUUACUGCUCGGCGAUUCGAACUUUGGCCUAAUCUGAUGGUGACACUGGCUGAAACUGCGGUUAACACUUUGAAAACAUUCAAUGUGUCUGGAGUUCCAAUAGAUAGCACCCUGAUUGCAGAACUUUCGAAAUGUAAUGUACUGGAAGUUUUGUCGUUCGUUAGAUGCAUGGAAAAAAAGGCCGAGGUCACAAUUCUCAGUAGCGGUAAAGGGAAAACCAGGGGAAAGAGGAAAGACAACAAUAAUAGAGCGGAGGGAAGAUUAAUGUCAACUACAUUGUCAUCGAUGUCAUCCAUUAUUCGCGCAAAAAGACUGUACUUUUAUAAGAAUAAACUUGAACCCGGAACUUUGAAAGCGUUAUUAAAAAUGCUAGGAAAGAACAUUGAAAAGUUGACUGUUGUAAAUAAUAAUACCGAGACAAUUAUUAAAGCGAUUAGGAAGUAUUGUCCUUACCUAAAAGUUUUUAUAUUGCAAAUUUAUUCGGACACUCGAUUUUCUACAUUUUCUGAAUGGAUUGCUGGUUCCAAGUUGCAAACACUCAUUUUAGGAACUUUGAUAUCAAAUGUCAAUAAGUUUGCAGAUAGACCUGAUACUUCAAUUUGCGAAAUGCUUGCAGAAAUGGGAAAUUAUUUUCCACUUUCUCUAAAAUGCGUAGAUUUUGAUUUCGAAAUUUCUCCAAGUCAAUUGGAAUUAUUUUUAACACGUAGUAAUUAUGUGUUUGAGGAGUUGGGUCUGCACCAAGCAUUAGGACUAGAUGACAAAUAUUUGAGAAUAAUUAAAACUCACGCCAAAUUAUCUAGAUGUCUCACAGAACUCACGUUUGAUCGAGUUUACUGGAUUACUGGGGGGGACGAGCACGCCGAUGAGACGGAUUCGGAUGUUAUAGACGAAGACAAACCCGAUAGAUCAUAUUUUAGCAAUAAAUCAUUAUUAGACGCCGAAAAGUACAUUCCGACCAUCACUUCAACGUCAAUCGAUCCUUUUACCGAUCCACUUAAAUAUAUAUUCAAGGUUCACGAUAUAGAUGAGAUGGAUACUGAAGGCAUGGAGAGAGAUGGAAUUGAAAAAUGGUAG